AAACCCAGGCGCCAGCGGCUGGAAGCUGUUAAGAAGCUGAACUUCGGCUCAGAUGAUGAGUUGGCUACUGAUGUCCUCCAGGACGCUGGCCCAGAGGCACCUUCUGCUCCCUGGCUUGCCAGGUUGGCGUCCUUCAGCUCGGACCACCUGGAUAUGAGCGGCAUGACCCCGCUGCAGAUCACACCACCCUCCGAGAAGAAGCGGGUCCUCAAGCGGCCGCCCAUCCUGGAGGAUUACAUCAAUGUCACGUCCACUGAAGGCACCAGGGUCUUCAUGGUCGUGAGGGAUGAUCCCUCCAGGACAGGGGUGGAGCUCCCUGAUUCCCUGGGCUGGAACGCACGCAGGCCGCUCCACUUGCUGGGGGUGCCUUUCUCCUACCUGAAGGAACAAGUGAAUGAAGAGCGUCGAAGGCACGUGCUGGAGACGUCGCAGCAGCUGACAGAGAUGAUAAACAGUUGCCUCGAGAGCGAGCCCAGCACCGAGAGUCUGGAGCCCAGCAGGGAAGUGGAGCCAGCAGACGAGGAGGAGUCCACGCUGCAUUGCCUCUGGGUUGAUAAAUUUAUGCCCCGGCGCUACAUGGAGCUGCUCAGUGAUGAUUACACAAACCGCUGCCUCCUGAAGUGGCUCAAGCUCUGGGACACGGUGGUGUUUGGGAAGGAGAAGGCUGUGAAGAAGGCCAAGCCCAGCACUGAAGCUCGUCCUCCGUUCACCCAGCCCAAGGAGCAGCAGAGCAAGUGGAAAACGAAGGUCCAGCUCACAGAGGAGAUUCUGGAGGCUGAGCUGGACCAGCACAAGAGACCCAAAUACAAGGUUGCCCUGCUCUGCGGCCCGCCCGGCUUGGGGAAGACCACACUGGCCCACGUCAUCGCGAGGCACGCGGGGUACAACGCUGUUGAGAUGAACGCCAG